CUAGCAUACACGCAGAGCUUGGUUGCUAGGGAGUUUAACACUGUUGGUGGCGUUUGCAUUUGAUAGCUAGUCAGCGUCGUACGGUUUGUUUGUUUUAUUUUUUUAUUUUUUUCUCUAUAUAUAUUCGUUUGGAUUAAAGGAUAGCCAUCGGAGCAGGAAAACAUUCACAUAAGUGAAGUGCGUUGUGCGUCGUAGCGUCUCUUCUGUAUUCGGGUGAAUUUCCGAUAGCGCUAGCUGGGUUAGCUUGGCUAGCUAGUUGUCUGCGCUGAGAGUGAAGACCAGUAGUCUCCUCUAAAUUGGCCAGUUUGGCUUGCAUCUAUGAACUCGUUGGUGCCCACCACCUCGGCCGUCAGUAGCCCUGUUAGUUCCCUGGACUCCCCCCUCUCUGUCAUCAGUUCAUCCACUGGCUCUCCGGGUGUGCCAGUGACUCCUUCGGUGGGUUACGGACCCAUCAGCAACCCGCAGAUUAACUCCUCGAUGUCUGAGCUGCACACUGUCAGCAGCUCUGACGAUGUGAAGCCAUCCUUUGUCCUGAAGUCUCCAGGAGGCACUGGGCCAAUGCUGUCCCAAAAAAGACUCUGUGCCAUCUGCGGGGAUCGCUCCUCUGGGAAGCACUAUGGAGUGUACAGCUGCGAGGGCUGUAAAGGCUUCUUUAAGCGCACCGUGAGGAAGGACCUGAGCUACAUCUGCAGAGACAGCAAAGAGUGUCUCGUGGACAAGCGCCAGCGCAAUCGUUGCCAGUACUGCCGUUACCAGAAGUGCCUAGCCAUGGGCAUGAAGAGAGAGGCUGUUCAGGAGGAGCGGCAGAGGAAUAAGGACCGUGAUGGAGAUUAUGACUGUAAUACUGCAGCCAAUGAGGAGAUGCCUGUGGAGAAGAUCCUGGAAGCUGAGACAGCUGUGGAUCACAAGACAGAAUUGCACUCUGCAAGCAGCUCUACUGGUGCUGCCAUUGACCCAGUGACUAACAUCUGCCAGGCAGCAGAUAAACAGCUGUUUGGCCUGGUGGAGUGGGCCAAGCGCAUCCCGCACUUCUCUGAGCUGCCUCUGGAUGACCAGGUCAUUCUGCUACGUGCAGGGUGGAAUGAGCUGCUUAUCGCCUCACUUUCUCACCGCUCCAUCGGGGUGGAGGAUGGACUUCUGCUGACUACAGGCUUGCACGUGCUCAGAGACAGGGAAAGUGCACGCAGCCCGGAGGUGGGGGCCAUAUUUGACAGAGUGCUCACUGAGUUGGUAAAUAAAAUGCGAGAUAUGCAGAUGGACAAGACUGAGCUUGGAUGUCUGCGAGCCAUCAUCCUCUUUAACCCAGAUGCCAAAGGUCUGAGCAACACGAGUGAGGUGGAACUCCUGCGAGAGAGAGUGUAUGCAUCCUUAGAGGCCUACUGCAGGCAGAAAUACCCUGAGCAGCAGGGGAGAUUUGCUAAGCUCCUCCUCAGGCUGCCUGCAUUGCGCUCCAUUGGGCUCAAGUGUCUGGAGCACCUUUUUUUCUUCAAGCUAAUCGGAGACACGCCCAUUGAGACGUUCCUGAUGGAGAUGCUGGAGGCUCCCCACUAGCUUUGUCCUGAGGGAGGCUGGGAGAUGACAUCACUGUGACUGCACUUUUCAAUCUCAGGGGAACUUGAGCAAUUGGCCAGCCUCCAGUCCACGAUACACUUGUUGCUAGGUUUGUCUUUUUUGUAAGUGCAAAACAGAGUCUAAAAACCCAAGACUUGCCAUGAACUUAGAGUAUGUUGGUGCUAUAUUUCAGUCAUAAGUCUUGAAUUCUUGUGGAUUUUUUUUUUUUUUUUUUAAAGAUUGGAACCUUCAGUUCCCUUCCUAGCUUACAUGGGAUUACAUUUUGAUAAAACCAUUUAAGGCUUUUAAACUUGUGGGUGUUGAGCUUUAUUUGUCUAUAAGUGUGCUCCUCCAUCAUCUCGUCAGUGUGGUUUCUUUUAUUCCUUAAGGGACUAAUUUAUUCAGCUCAGACCUUAAAGGACUGGCGAUACGAACAACUGAAAGAACAGUUAGGAAAAACUGUUUUAAAAUCUAUAAGCUGACAUCGCUCUCCCAGUUAAGCUAGCCUGGCCAAACAUGUAUGCAAUGAAACUUAAUGCACAAAAGUCUGGAGAAAAGCUCAUUAUGAUGUGCAAUUCGCAAAAUAAUGUUAGUUAAAUAUUUUGGAGUUGAUUCCAGGGAAGCGAGGUCUUACCAUGUGCUCAUAGAUAUAGAUCAUGGGUGCUCGUCUGAUCUUUUACAUGCUUGAUUCAUUGUACUGUUUUUUUUUUUCCUUCCUUUUUUCUUCUUUUCAGUUUGCAGUUUUGGUGAAAACUGAAGAAAAAAACAAAAAAAAAACUAGGAUACUCAGUUCACUAAAUUAGCCAUGCAUUGCUUUAUGACUGCAGUGUUCCAGGCUGAAGUCGGUAAACUGCUUGUGACAUUGCUUUUUCUCUCAGUUAUUCUUUUCGUAGUACACGCUUGUUUUAUCACAUAUCACGUAACCUUGUAACUUGAGUUAUGAUUCCGUAUGUAAACUGCACUAUACCAGUUCAAAUAUCAAAUAUUUGACCAAAAAGGGGUCAUAUUUGUGUAUGCUUUGGUGCUUUAAAAAAUAGCUGUUUUAAUGUUACAUCCCUGAAAACGCACAUAGAAACUUGUAAGCAGGAAACGGUUAUAUUUUAACAAAGUUGAAUAUGAGCAAUACUAAAUUUAAAAUGCAAAUGUGUAUUCUCUUCUCAUUUCUGAGUGGGAAAAAUUGUCAAACGUCAAUUUCUAGUACUGUGCAAACAUUUGUUCAGGGACAGUGAAACGUGAUUGCUACAAAAGAGCAGAAAUCCAUAUACAUUUAUAUUCCAAUGAUUUUAUCAUUGCUUUUAGUUGAUUUGUACAUCUAAAAUACGAAAAAAGACCUUAGUUUGCACUGUAUUUCCUGUGAAUCCCAGUUUUCUGACUGUCUUUGCUCUUUUUCUUAGUGAUGUGUUUCUCAGAUUUCAAUUAGAUUUGUAAUCUUGCUGGUUUUUGUAAGAUCUUUGCUUUGCUGUUGUAUUUUUGUGUCCAUGCCAACAGCUUUGGGGACGAAGACCACAGAGACUUUGAAAUGCAAGUUCCCUAUUGGCAGAAAUGUUUACUACACCUUCGGGUUGUUUUGUAUGGUCCUGUACAACCACCAUCUUUACUGCAUUAGACAUGUUUGUGUCUGUCAUUGCACUAAAUUUGUCAUACAAUGAUGAUUGUAAUGAUCCUCCAUCAGGUUCUCCAUCGUUAGAGCUCAAUUUAAUGGAGCUUGAUGGCACUGCAAGUGAACCAUAUGGACACGACCCUAAAUAAAAGCUGGUGACAUCA